UUUACUUUAAAGGUGGUCAUGUGACUAACUUCUGUAAGCCAAAGACGUUUGUUGUUAGCCAAUGUGUGAACUGUGAAAAUGGAGCCGUUUAGAAGGCUAGUGAACUGUUUUGUGUUUCUAUCUGCAGUAUGGGAUGUCGCUCAUUUGCUGGACGGUGGAAUGCUCUUCCCCCGAGAGUCGUCGUCGCGGGAGAUCAAAGAGCUGAAUGGGCUGUGGGACUUCCGAGCCGACGUCUCCCACGACAGGAACUUGGGCUUUGAACAGGCAUGGUAUAAACGUCGCCUUGCAGAGACCGGUCCAGUGAUUGACAUGCCAGUGCCUGCCAGCUACAACGACAUCACCCAGGAUCCACAGCUGAGGGAUUUCAUUGGCUGGGUGUGGUAUGAGAGAGAGGUGUUGGUACCCUCACGAUGGGUGUCUGAUGAGGGGACCAGAGUUGUGCUAAGGGUUGGGAGUGCACACUACUACUCAGUGGUCUGGGUGAAUGGAAUCAAAAUGACAGAGCACGAGGGUGGCCAUCUUCCCUUUGAGGCUGAGAUCGGCGAUGCCCUCCGUAAGGACCCAGGUGUGGCCUGCAGGAUCACCAUAGCUGUCAACAACACCCUGACUCUCCAGACUCUGCCCCCGGGGACCAUUCAACAUAUUGACGACCCCACCAGGUAUCCUGCUAACUAUGUUGUACAAAACACAAACUUUGACUUCUUCAACUAUGCUGGUUUGCAUCGUCCUGUUCUACUGUAUACCACUCCGAAGGCGUAUGUUGAUGACAUCACAGUGCUGACAUCCUUUGCUGACAACAUUGGGCUCAUCAGUUACCAGGUGUCAGUGCUUGGCAGUCUCAACUCCACGCUGAAGGUGACCCUGUCGGACAAAGAUGGCCACUCUGUGGCCUCCUCCACUGGAGCGUCUGGCGUCCUCAAAGUGAAGGACGUCAGCCUGUGGUGGCCGUACCUAAUGCAUGAGAGCCCAGGAUAUCUGUAUUCUAUGGAGGUUCACAUGGCGACAGCUAGCGACGGUUCUGUCUGUGAGGAUGUUUAUGCUCUGCCUGUGGGAAUCCGCACUGUCCAGGUCACCAACACACAGUUUCUCAUCAACAGCAAACCCUUCUAUUUCCAUGGAGUCAACAAACAUGAGGAUGCUGAUAUCAGAGGGAAGGGCCUGGACUGGCCCCUGAUGGUGAAAGAUUUUAACCUGUUGAAGUGGCUGGGGGCCAACUCGUUCAGGACCAGUCACUACCCGUACGCUGAGGAGAUCCUGCAGAUGGCAGACCGCCAUGGCAUCGUGGUCAUUGACGAGUGUCCCGGGGUGGGCAUCUCAGACAUCCGAAGUUUUGGGAACGCCUCCCUGUCUCAUCACCUGGUGGUCAUGGACGAACUGGUGAGAAGGGACAAGAAUCACGCCUCCGUGGUCAUGUGGUCUGUAGCCAAUGAGCCGGCCGCUGAGAUGCCCCCUGCUGGAUUCUAUUUCAAGACACUGAUAGCUCGUACUAAAUCUCUGGAUGUCACUCGACCGGUCACGUUUAUCACCGCCAGUAACUUUGCCAGGGACAAGGGGGCUCCCUAUGUGGAUGUGAUAUGUGUGAACAGUUACUUCUCCUGGUACAGUGACCCAGGUCACCCGGAGGUCAUCCCCUUCCAGCUCAACACCCAGUUUGAGAACUGGUACGGGAAGUACCAGAAACCCAUCAUCCAGAGUGAAUACGGUGCUGAUGUGGUUCCGGGAAUGCACAUGGAUCCUCCCAUGAUGUUCACUGAGGAAUACCAGAAAAUAGUGUUAAAAAACUACCAUGAUGUGUUCGACCAGAAGAGGAAGGAGUAUGUCAUUGGAGAGCUCAUCUGGAACUUUGCUGACUUCAUGACGGCACAAACGGUGGCCCGUGUGGUGGGCAACAAGAAGGGAAUUUUCAGUCGGCAGAGGCAGCCCAAAGCUGGGGCUUUCCUCCUGAGGGAGAGGUACUGGAGGCUGGCCAAUGAGACGGGCCUGCUGCCCACCUGGUCCAGGUACCCCUGCUACCUGGCUACAUAUCCCUGACACACCUGGGUCGUAUUCAUCAGUGCAGAACCCUGCACAUCAUAACAAAACAUUUCUAAACGCUUUGCAACCCGAAAACAAAAACAAUCAUUUCUUAUUUGAUGAGUCCAGGUAGUCCUCUGUUUUGUUCCGUUUUGUGUCUUAACACCAACCUGUAUGUCGCAGAUUGCGUGACGACUAGAACGCUAUGAAGACACACAAUUACCAGAAACAACGGGAUAAAUGGCUGCGUUUACACAAGCAGCUCAAUUCUGAUAUUUGUUUCACUGAAAUUGGUCAAAUGACCAGAUCUGAUUUAGUGGAAGAAUGAUCAGAAUUGGUGUGCCUGUGUAAACGCACCUAUUCCUGUGCGACCCUCUGCUCAGACUUUGCUGAUGCCUGGCAGAUCUUACUAUCCGCGUAUGUUAUAGCAAUGUCAGUCAAUGGGUGGAUUUGAUUAUGCUGAGCUGCAGGACAACGGUCUAUGGCGCGUGACGUGAACGAUCAAAAGCAGUAAGAAGGAGUGUCCUUCUCAAAUCGAACAGUCAUCUGCGCUGUUCGGUCAUGUUAAGUUUUCAUUCGGAAGGCAGAUUGCUUUUGAUUUUUUUUUUUAAGUCUCACUUUUGCAUGUGAAAACACAGAAUUCCUACUCAUUACUCCCAUGUCUUUAACCUGUUCCAAAACAAAUGCAAUCAACUAUCACCCGGUGCAAAACACGCCUACCCGGGCCAGAUGAAUCAAAUGCCCUUAUUUGAGACAGUUGAUGACUUUGUACACAACCAUUGGUUACCACUUCUGCCUCUUUUUUUGUAAUUCAGGGACCAACCAGUUAUAUACAUGAAUGUGAAUCAUGAUGCUGUUCAGUGUAAAUAAAUGGGAAUGUGAUGUAUGAAAGAAAGAAUAUGCAUUUUUAUAUUUUACUCUUGUCGUUUUAUUUGUAUUCAUUUUAGGACUUUAUUCAGUCUGAAUCGCAUUGUGUGAUAGAAAUGUCAAGGACAUAUGCAGCGUUUACCGUAGACAUACAGAAACUAUUCAGACCCCCUGUGACUUUUUCCACAUUUUGUUACGUUACAGCCUGAUUCUAAAAUGUCGUCUUCCCCCCCCCCCUCAAUCUACACACACUAUCCCGUAAUGACAAAACAAAAACGAUUUUUAGAAACCUUUUGUCGAAGCACCUUAGGCAGCGAUUACAGCCUCGAGUCGUCUUUGGUAAGACUCGAGGCUGUAAUCCGCUCGCCCACAAGCUUUGGCAGACGUAUUUGGGGAGUUUCGGCAGGCUAGCUCGGGGUUAACUCCAUUUAUUUUGACGUGUCUGAGCCGCGAGUUGAGGACCAAUGAAAUCCGAUAACAAUGCAAAAACAAAGUGUUGGAGAAAGUAAAAGUGCAAUAUGCGCCAUGUAAGAAAGCUAACGUUUCAGUUCCUUGCUCAGAACAUGAGAAUAUAUGAAAGCUGGUGGUUCCUUUUAACAUGAGUCUUCAAUAUUCCCAGGUAAGAAGUUUUAGGUUGUAAGUAAUAUAGGAAUAUUUCUCUCUAUACCAUUUGUAUUUCAUUUGCCUCUGACUAUUGGAUGUUCUUAUAGACAACUCCUCGCUCGAACCAGGAACACAUCGACAACAGCCACCCUCGAAGCAGCGUUACCCAUGCAGAGCAAGGGGAACAACUACUCCUAGUCUGAGCGAGUGACAUUUUGAGCGAGUGACGAGCCUGCUGGUGCCUACCAUCGUUCAGUCAGACUACUCUCAAAACAUAGACUUAAUUAUAAUAAACACAGAAAUACAAGCCUUUGGUCAUUAAUAUGGUCAAAUCCGGAAACAACGUUUAUUCUUUCAUUGAAAUACGGAACCGUUCGGUAUUUUAUCUAGCGUUUUUUUUUUACCUUUAUUUAACCAGGCAAGUCAGUUAAGAACAAAUUCUUAUUUUCAAUGACGGCCUGGGAACAGUGGGUUAACUGCCUGUUCAGGGGCAGAACGACAGAU